GAUACCCAUUGCUGCUCCAGAAUUCUCUACUUGAGCAGGGCAGCUCUCCCCUCGGCCUGUUUAGAACAUCUCCCUUUUUACUAUGGUGUGCUUGAGAUCUGCAAAACCCAACGCUGGCCUGGCCAUCCAGGUUCUGAAAAGGAGCCAGCCACCGGCAAACCUACACAGCUGGCAGAAUGCAGCUCGACCUUCUGUCUCAGGACACCUGGAGACACGGACACCACGGUGCCUACCUCGGGCCUAUUGAGAGGGAGUCUCCCUUGACUCUCCGGGGGUCCCCUGUCAGCCAUCUUUACUACAUUCUCUCUCCUGGGGACAGAAGAGCCUACCCGCUUGAUGACUCGUCCAAUUCCAUCCAGAGACAGCCCCUGGCUGUCCCCAUGGGGCUUGAGGACAGUGCCCCCGGUGUUCAGCAGCAGCAGCAGCAGCAGCAGCAGCAGCAGCAGCCAGGGGCUGCUCUCCAGGAGCUGGAAGAGGAGGAAAUCGCCCCAACAGAUGUUAAAUACCGCCUGCAGCUGCUUGAGGAGGCUCCAUUGCAGAGAGAGAGUUCAAGCGUACACAAUCAGUUCUACAAGCCUGCAUGGGUCCCGGUCAGCAAGACCCACAGAGAAUGGUUCAAGCCCUGGAAGAUGGGCAAUGUGGUACACGGGGACGAGCCCUCCCAUUCAGGUCACAUUCAGGGCAGAAGAAUAGCACCAAGAGGACAUCCGAACCACGUGGAGCACGUCAACCAGGACCAGACCAACAACCAAGCCCCAGUGUGGAGUCAAGUUCUCUCACCUGGUCUAGACAAGAGCAGUCAAGGGAUCAUCCAACCCACACAGCGUGUGGCGAGGGAAAUGGCACCUGGCUGGCCCACGACCCACGCACAUCAGGAGCCGAGCCAGACAAAGCAGGGGACAGCCAUUACGGGGACAAAGAGAGCUGCCAAGUUUGACGAAGCCACAGCAUCCAGGAUGUCCUGUCUGCCACCUCUCAAGCUCCUGUCGAGAAGAGUCAAGAGUAAGUGCCCCCCCAACACACCUGGAAUCUUCCAAGCCAAAUUCCAAACAGACCUGACCGGCAGGCACUUCUUCCAAGACUGGAGGGCUCAGCCCCAAGGGCGCUAUGGAAGCCAUGAAAAACCCCUGGUGCCAUUUGAGGAUCAAGUCAACCCCAGGCUCACCUACAUGCCCUUGUUUACUCAAAGAGCGAAGCUGUACAAGUCCAAGGCCAAUGGCAUCAAGCAUGAGACAAAUACUUCCUCAGCUGAGCAGGGAAAAUCCACCAGCUCCCGAAUUUCGGCCUCAAAAACAGAACAUGUGGAAAACCAGACUGCCUGAGUAACUUCUGGAAAAACCCCACAGAAGCCAUGCCUGUAAUCCCAGCACGCAGCCGAGAUAAGACUGAUACUCAGCUCUGGGACCAGUUGCGGCCAUUCUUCCCACCGUCCAUGUGACGUCUCACGGCGCUGCAGGGUAAGGAAGUAGCAGAACUCUAAGGACAGCACAGCUGCUGUGAGAAGCCUGAACUAAGCUCCCAUCAGGGCCCAGGGUCAGGGAAGGGCCUCACUCAUUCCUUGGAGAGACCCAAGAAGAAUCUAACAUGACCUGAGUGAACAGGAAGUGCAGAGCAAACAACUUCCCAGACUAUAUAGAUGAAAAAGACAGCUGGCUGCCUGGACAAUCAUCCAAGUUUCCUCUGCAAUGUUGGGGCAUCCAUGUCCAGCCUACAGACCUGGUAUAUAUAUUUGACAGACUUUUCUGUGAAGCAGGAAUUUUGAAGGACCAUCUUAUCUUGUCUUAGCAAAGCUUGGCAUUUACUUUCUUUUGUGUUUUGCUUGUCCAAUUUAGACAGCAUACUGUCAGCAGCAAGGUGGUUAACUUUGCCACAAUAAAAGCAAACUCUAUGUGAA